AUGCAUUUUAACAAUUAAAUAUGGGCCAUCUUGUGGAAAAAUAUGAAGAUGACCAAUAUGAAAGAGUUAGGCAAAGAGUUGUUCAUCCCAUUGAUAACGAUAUUCGUGUUGUUGAUGGUGUAGGAUGGUGAUGAGGGUACUGGGAAGCUGUUUAUGGCGAUUAUGGUGCCUGUUUACAUUCCAUCUUGUUUUGUAGGUUUAUGCAGAUAAUUGUUAGUGGAGUAUGUACAUGAGAAGACAAAUAAAUACAGAGAUCUUUAUAAAAUUAUGGGCAUGAAAUUGCAAAAUUAUAGGAUAGCUUGGUUUAUUACAUAUAUAAUAAAGAGUAUACUCAUAGGCUCUUUGAUACUGGUAACAUUGCUAUAUAAAUUGAACUUCUAACAAUCCCUUUAGAUGGUGAUCUGCUUUAUGUUAUUCAUUUUGGCCUAAGUUGGAUAGACUUUAUUAUUAUCGACUUUCUUCAGCAAUUCUUAGUUGGCUGGGGAAUUUGGAUCCUUCUUUUAAACAAUCUUGUCUACAUUCUAUUUUGCAUCAUUAUACGAGUUGGAGUAUUUGGUUUACGUUUGUCCAUAAUCAAUUAUUUCAUUUUACCUGAUGAAUAAACUAAAUGGUAGUAAAAUGGAAGGCGUGUCAAAUUAUUGCAUUCUGAGUUUGGCAAUUCAUCUGAUAGUUUAUUAUGUUUUGUUCAAUGUUUUGGAGGAGUCAUGUAUGAAGGGAGGGAGAUGUUUAUGGACAAGGAAGAAUAAGACAGGUUAUGUCUAAUUGGAGGAUUAAAUGGAGAUGAGAAGAUAAUAUGAUGAGGAGGGAUUAGCCUUUACAUCAGUUGAAAUUGUGAAAUUGUUUAAGCAAUAUGGAGAUGUGGUGGCAGUGGACAAUUUGAAUCUCAAGAUCUAUUCUCAAUAAAUCCUUUGCAUUUUGGGAUAGAAUGGAGCUGGCAAAACCACAACUCUCAAUAUAUUGACAGGCUUAAUUGAGAAAACUAGUGGAAAGAUAUUAUAUUUUGGCAAAAGCUUUGACAAGAAAAGAGAUGAAAUUCAAAAGCUAAUAGGAUUCUGUCCAUAGGAGAAUUUAUUGUAUGAUCAAUUGACAGUCUCAGAAUCAUUGCAAUACUAAAGUAUGAUGAGAGGCACAGACUCAGCAUCUGAGAUUGAUAUGUGGUUGAAUCUUAUGUAAUUGCAACAAUACUCCAAUUACAAGACUCAUGAAUUGAGUGGUGGGAAUAAACGUAAGUUGUAGAUUGCUUUGGCUUUGGUGGGAGGAUCUUAAAUCAUAUUUCUCGAUGAACCCACUGCCAGUAUUGAUCCAGAAUCCAGAAGACAAAUUUGGAAAAUCUUGAAGGAAAUCAAAUAGAUCAAUAAAACUCUCAUUUUAACCACGCAUUUUUUGGAUGAAGCUGAAGAGUUGGCUGAUCGAAUUGCCAUCAUGAAACAAGGAUAAAUCAAAAUCUAUGGAUCUCCUGAAAAUAUUAAAAAGGAAUUGGAAGUAGGUUUCACAUUAACUUUUGGGAAUAUUCAAUCCUCCCAAUAGUAAUCAAAGAUUAAAUAAUCAUUUCCAGAACUGGAAUGUUCAAUCGGACCCAAAUUGGAAUAUGACAACAUAAAAUACAUCAUCAAUUAAAAUUAGUUAUUUUCUAUCGUUGAAAAGCUGAAUGAGAUGAGUAAAACAGAGAAUAUUAAAAUAUAAUUGAUACAGAACACCUUGGAAGCAGCCUAUUUGAAAUUAAACAAAGACAACUUAGAGGAUGAUAAAAUAAUCAAGGAAUACUCAUUUCCAAUUAAAUCUACAAAUGAUGUUAAAACUAAAUAAUUACUCCAAAUAUCUGCUUUGCUUUAUAAGAAGUAUUAUGUUCUCAAGAGGAACUUCACUUUGUAAUUGAUGCUAAUCUUGCCUAUGUUCAUCUUAUUAAUUGCCUAUAUUUUUGGAUAUCACUUAUUGUAGGAUGAAGCCUAAACACAAUUUUUUGUAUCACUAUUUAUCUCACAAUCCUUCAGCCUUAAUUCAUCAAUAUUCAUCAGCACUCCAAUUCUUGAAAGGGAACUUAAGAUCAGACAAUAAUUAAAAUAAAUGGGAGUAUCCUAAUUUACAUACAUUUUUGGAACAUUCUUAGGAGACUACUUUAUUAUAUUUAUUGUAACCACAUUCAUCUAUGUAUUAUCCCUUUAAAUUGAUAUGCUCCUGACCUCAGAAUAAUUACUAACUAUACUAAGUUUAUUUGGAUUAUCAGUGAUUUCAUUCUCAUAUGCAUCUUCCUUUAUGUUCAGUUCUAAUUAGAGUGCUUUUAAAAUAUUCCCAGUAAUUAAUUUCUUAUUUUGCUAUUUUCUACCAUCUAUGAUUGAUCUUCAACUUCAAAAUCAAUAUAGUGAAGUAUUUACUUGCAUAUUCCCACUGUAUACUUUAAAUUUGGCAUUGAAAGAUGAUAAUCAAGAUUAUUCUAUUUACUUCCUGGUCUAAUUCGUCAUAUACAUGUUUUUAUACUAGGCUCUAGAGAGAAAUAUAAUACUAUUUGAGAAUAGAAAGAAUUUAUAAGAUAGGAACAAUAAGUUGUAGGUUCAAAAUAUUCAAUAUGGAUACACUUCAAAUAAACAAGUGCUUAAGUAAAUCGAUCUUUAAUUGUGUCCACAAAAGAUACUGACACUCCUAGGUCCAAAUGGUGCUGGUAAAACUACACUCAUCCAAUUGAUUACAGAUUGUCUUAAAACAAGGUGGGGUAGCAUUAUGUACAAUGAAAAUAUGAUCAUUUCAUCUUGUUAACAAUCUGAAGGUUUAUGGGAAGAUUUAACGGCUGAAGAAAUCUUGUAUUUAUUUGCAAGAAUCAAAGGCGGUAUUAGGAAUGUUAAAAAUGAGAUUUCCUAGAUUUUAAGGAUUCUAUAAAUCAAAGGCAAGAUCGUGAAUAUGUCAGGUGGUCAGAGGAGGAAGGUCGCCUUGGCUAUAAGUCUUAUUGGGGACAGUGGUAUGAUUAUCCUUGAUGAACCAUCCAAUGGGCUUGAUCCUAUUUCAAGAAGAAAUCUCCAAAACAUGAUCAAAGCUCAUGUCCAAAAGAGGAACAGCUCUAUCAUUUUGACUACACACGACAUGGAUGAGGCUUAAUAUUUAAGUGAUAGCAUAAGCUUUAUUAUCAAUGGCUAACAACCAUUCCCACAAUAGAGUGUUACCUAAUUGAUUGAAUAAUAUGGGAGUGGAAUCAUACUAACCAUCAGAGCUAAGAACAAAGAGGCUUUGGAUUAGGUAAUUUUGGCUUUUCCGAAACAUCAAAAAGAAGGACUGUUGAUUGUCAUUAAGUUGGGGAAUGAAUAUGAUGUGGCUACCACGAUUAAGAUUCUUAAGAAUUUAUGCUAAGAGGAUUUGAUUGGGUCAUUUACUAUUAGACAAGCUAAUUUGGAGUAAGUGUUCUUGAGGUAAUGUAGAAAAUAAUAUGACGAAGAUUGA